AUGUCGAAUUUAUCAAAGCUUGAGUUCGUGGCACUUGACAUUUCUGAAAAUAAUUACUUGUCAUGGGUACUCGAUGUUGAAAUUCACCUUGACGCUAAAGGUCUUGGUGCCACUAUUACCAUUGGUAAUACAACGUCGAGUCAGGACAAAGCAAAGGCAAUGAUUUUUCUUCGUCAUCAUCUGGAUGAAGGAUUAAAGGUUGAAUACCUUACGGUGAAAGAUCCACUUGAAUUGUGGACUGGUUUGAAGGAAAGGCAUUGGAAGAAUGAAUGCCGAGCAGCUGAGCAUUUUGUUAGGCUUUAUCAAGAUUCCUUGAAAAGAAAAGGAAAUAAAAAUGGUGCAUCUUCUUCUAAUGCUCGGGUGGAGUCACACUUGACUUAUAAAAAUGAUGCCGAGACAGAGCCUUCACAAAAAUAUGAUGACAAUAUUGAAGCAAAUUUGGCUUUAAAAGAUGAUAAUUUUGAUGACCUUGAUGAUAUUACUCAGUUGGAAGUUGAAGACUUCUUUGGAGAUCAAAACUAA